AUGCCUCGCCCGGGGUUCGCGCACGCCACCGCGCCCGCGCUCGCGCACGCACGCGCGCGCAUCUCGCCCGUCGCUCGUCGGCGCGUCGUCGUCAUGCGCACGCGCGUCGACGGCGCCGCGAAAUCGCUCGUCACCCAGCUCAGGCUCGCCCUCGGGUCGACCGCAUCGCGCGCGUCGUCGAUUGCCAGCGCUCGACGACGCGUUCGCGCGCUCGGGACGGCGACGAACGACCAGAGCACCGGGACGCGGGCGAACCCGAACGCCGAGGGGAAGGAUAACAGCGGACGAGGGAUUCGUCGGAGGUUUUUGGAGUUUUACGAGGCGAGAGGACACUCCAGGCAGCCGUCGGCGUCGCUCGUGCCGGAGGAUCCCACGGUGUUACUCACGAUUGCGGGAAUGUUGCAAUUCAAGCCGGUGUUCAUGGGACAGAGAGAGCGGGAGAUGCCGAGAGCGACGACGACGCAGAAGUGCGUGCGGACGAAUGAUAUCGAAAACGUCGGGGUCACGGCGAGGCAUCACACGUUUUUCGAGAUGCUCGGAAACUUUAGUUUUGGGGAUUACUUUAAGAGAGAGGCGUGCGAGUGGGCGUGGGAACUGGCGACGAAUGAGUUCGGAUUGAACCCUGAGCGGGUGUGGGUGAGCGUGUUUCGCGAGGACGACGAGGCGUUUGCGAUUUGGCGAGACGUCGUGGGCGUUCCGGAGAGCCGCAUCAAGCGCAUGGACGAGAAGGAUAACUUCUGGGCCGCCGGUCCGACCGGUCCGUGCGGUCCGUGCUCGGAGCUUUAUUACGACUUUCACCCCGAGCGCGGGUUGGACGGGGCCGAUUUAGACGACGAUUCGCGCUUCAUCGAGUUCUAUAACUUGGUCUUCAUGGAGCUCAAUCGCGAUGCGGACGGCGGCAUCAAGCCUCUGAAGAAUAAAAAUAUCGAUACCGGUAUGGGUCUCGAGCGCAUGGCGCAGAUUCUUCAGGGUGUCUCAAACAACUACGAGACCGAUCUCAUCAGACCCAUCAUCGACAAGGCGGCGUCGAUGGCUGGUCUAGACUACGCCUCAUGCAGUGCCACGCAAAAGCAGCAACUUAAGGUGAUUGGCGACCACACGCGUGCCGUGACGUACAUGAUUUCUGACGGCGUGUUCGCGUCCAACAUCGGCCGAGGGUACAUCGUCAGACGCCUUCUGCGUCGUGUCGUGCGCAACGGACGUCUUCUUGGAAUCAAGCCGGCUGACGGACAGAGUGCGUUCACGCCGUCCAUCGCCGAGGUUGCCAUCUCCAUGUCAGAGGAGUGCGAUCCUCAGGUGGUAAAGAAUACGGCGCGCAUCCUCGCCGAGCUCGAACGCGAGGAAUUGAGCUUCCAGAAAACACUCGGCCGUGGCGAAGAGAUGCUCGCCGAACUAAUCGAGAAGGCUAAAGACAGUAAGUCUGGGUUGAGUGGCAAGGAUGCGUUUACGCUGUACGACACGUAUGGUUUUCCGCUUGAUAUCACCACGGAUGUCGCCUCCGAGGCUGGGAUUGCGGUUGAUCUCGAGGGCUUCGAGAAGGCGAUGGCAGAACAGCGCUCGAUGAGCCAGGCGGCGCAUCAAACCGUGGACGUCACCGCUGGUAAUGCCUUGGCUCAAGUCGCCGACGAACUCGGUGCGAUGAGUGAGUUCAUUGGAUACGACAACAUUUCCAGCGACGUCUCGAACGUUCUCGCGAUUGUCUCUGGAGGAGAGUCCGUGGAGGAGGCUUCUGGAGGCGCGCGUGUCGACGUCGUGCUCGAUGUCACUCCGUUCUACGCCGAAAGUGGUGGUCAAGUCGGUGAUAACGGUUUCCUUCACUCCGCCGAUGGCGCGGUGCUCAAAGUGACCGACGUGCAGAAGGCUGGAGGUGGUCGUAUCAUCGUCCACUCCGCGACUGUUGUGAAGGGCUCUAUUAAGAAAGGUAGUCAAGUGUCGGCCAACGUUGAUGAAAACGCUCGCCGACGCGCGAGGAACAAUCAUACCGCGACGCACUUACUCCAAUCCGCACUCAAGAAGGUUCUCGGCGACGACGUCUCACAAGCUGGCUCGCUGUGCGGCUUUGAUCGACUUCGCUUCGAUUUCAACUGUCCCAAGGCGGUCACCGAGGCGCAACUGCUGGAGGUUGAAACUUUAGUCAAUGGUUGGAUCUCCCAAAGCGCGGAUCUCACCGCUGAGGAGAUGCCGAUCGCCGCUGCGAAGGAGAAGGGUGCGACGAUGAUGUUUGGGGAGAAGUACGGAGACGUCGUCCGAGUGGUCGACGUGCCGGGCAUCUCCAUGGAGCUUUGCGGGGGUACGCACGUCUCCAACACUGCAGAAAUCGGAGGAUUCAAAAUCAUCAGCGAGGCCGGUAUCGCGAGCGGCAUUCGACGCAUCGAAGCCGUCGCCGGUGCGGGCGUUGUCGAGCUCUUGCAACAGCGAGACGCGGUGGUGAAGCAGCUCGCGAGCACUCUUCGAGUGCCCCCCGAGGAGAUUGCCAGCCGCGUGUCCGGUAUGCAGAAGGAUUUAGUCGCUGCGCAAAAGCUCGCAGAAUCUCUUCGAGGCGAAUUGGCGGUCGCCAAGGCCAACGCGUUGGUCUCCGAGGCUCGCGCUGUGGGCGAAUCCAAGGUGCUCGUCGCUCGCCUCGACGGCGUAGACCCCGGCGCGCUCAAGGUGGCGGCCGAAAACCUCGCCACGCAACUCGGUGACGGCGCCGCCGUCAUCCUCGGUAGCGCCAACGGCGACAACGUCGGUCUCGUCGCCCUCUUCGACACGAAGGUCCAAAAAGACGGUGAUCUCAAGGCUGGACAAGUCCUCGGCGCCGCCGCGAAGCGCUGCGGUGGUGGCGGCGGCGGCAAGCCCGGUUUCGCCCAAGCCGGCGGUCGCGACGCCACCCAGCUCGACGCCGCUUUGGACGAAGCCCUGCAAACGCUCACCACCGCGCUCGACAAGUGA